GGUAUCUGAGCAUGGCAGAUGGUCAGGAACCACGGAAACAAACGUAAGUGGCUAGCAGCCAGAGCGAGGGCACAGCGCCAUCCUCUGGCUUUGUGGAAGCUUCCUCGAGCUUGAACCAAAAUACAAUAACUAGACGUGAAAAAGAAGCCAUGACCCGGAGAACUAUGGCGGGACACGUCAACUUCUUGAAAUACCCCUAGAUGCGCAACAUUCUAUGAAACCUACAGAACGCAGCAACUCAGUAGGGCGAGGACAUUGUUAGGGACCACAACAUUGCUAAUAGAAGGAAGACGCGUUAUGGGAUAUUAUCCACUAAACCCUUCACAGUCGAACUAGCUGACGUCGCUGAGAUGUCGGAUUCCGAGCAGGAUAGUAACCAGGCUCUGGAUGCGGCGGGGAUCGGUGGACCGCCACCAAGAGCCCCGGGUCCAGCGACUAGAGGGCCAGCAGAACUCCAGGAGGCCGAUCCAGGUGCGAACCCUCAGAGAGCUGGGGAGCUUGACGCCUAUGAAGACUCUGACGACGACGAUGAAUUCAUGCCAUUGCUGGAUCGUCUCACGGACGCUCCGACCGUCUACUUACCAUGCGGAGGUUCAUCGUCCGAGGAAGAAGAAGUUGACGACGAUGACCCGAUAGUGGUGUCGGACCCCGUCACCGACGCCGAGGUCGUGAACGAACCAUCCCCAGAUUCGUCCGACGAAAGCAGUUGCACUCCACCUGACGCCCCGAGCCCAUCAGCCGGUCAACCCGCAAAACCGAAAUCGACAGAGGGGUCUCCCACGCACUCCGGCGAGGAACAUGACUCCGAAGAAAGCAGCCACACUCCCCCUGACGCCCCUGGCCCAGCAGUCGGGCAAUCCCCAAGCCCGAAAUCUGCAGAAGGGUCUACCACGCAAGCCAGCAAGUCCAGCCCCUCUAGGCCCCAAUCGCCCGGUCAAUCCUCGGAUGCUAGAAACGAACCUUUCCCGGAGUACACGGAGCCGGAGGACUUUGUGCCUGGUGAAGUCAGAGAAACGCUUUACCCGCCUGGGUCGCAUAACUGGCACCCAGCUUUGGUUAAGUACUGGGAGCGAGAAGCGAGGUACUGGGCCGAACGGGCUGCUGCCGAGCUCCGUGAGAACCUGAGGGCUGCCCUCGAGGAACCUAUUUCCCCGGAGGAUUCCCAACGGUCAGAGGAGGGGGAUCCUAGAGGUUCAGCGAGGGGGGGGGAUUCUCAAUCUUCAAGGGAGCAGGACGAGCCUGAAUCUCCAGAGGGCCAGGGCCCCGUGCAUCCAGAGGAGCAGGGGCCUCGGAGUCGCCUGGUAGUCCUGAAGAGCAGGAGCCUCGACAUCCAGAGGAACAGGAGCCUGUGCACCUAGAGGAGCAGAAGCCUUGACAUCCGGAGGAAGAGGAGUGGGAAAUCCUGACGAAUGUGCACAUCUCAAGCGCUCAACCGUCAUCAAUACACCAGCGCGCGAAGCCGAUUGUCUUUAACACAGGACGACGAGGAGAGCCGUCUGUCUGCGGAAAGGUCGAAGCAGCGUGGUUGCGGAAGUUUUGAUGGAUUGUCCGAACACGUUGAGCUGAAGCGGGAGGAGUCUUCGUUUCAUUUUUGUUGUUCGGUAUGAAACAAUGCCAGCGUAAUAAUAUUGGUCGAAUGAACAAGUCGUUGAUGUGUCACAGACAGUCUGCUGAGGCGGCUGAUAGAAGUGCUGGCACUCUUCUAUGAUGUGUCUUUUCCCAUGAAUAAGCCGGGGUGCCUCGAGCUCACGUUAGGACCGCAUCGAAGUCGGGCAGCGGGGUUGGAUGUAGGGAAUAGGUUAGAUGUUGGAACUUAGGUGUAGGUGGUUGACG